GAAUUGUGGGAACAUAAUUAAUAUGGUUUGACACAAAACAUGUUUAUAUGGUUACCUCUUUCAUCUUCCUCUCCUCCAUUCCAACCCCAGUAUUUUGCCACUAGGGUUUCUUGCUUCUCAACAAUCUAUAAAACAAUCCCAACAAGUCCUGAACUUUUCCAUUUCUACAUAAAUUUUUCAAACUUGGGUCACUCUAUUUUCUUGAAAAAGAACAAAAAAAAAAAAAAGCAAUUUUUUUUUAAUCUUUUCCUUUGAGACAGUGAGUUUCAGGAAUUGAUGGCAAAGACAAAACCAGGGAAAAAAGACCUUGAUUCUUACUCUAUUAAGGGUACCAACAAAGUCGUAAGAAAUGGUGAUUGUGUGUUGAUGAGACCAGCUGAUUCUGAUAAGCCUCCAUAUGUGGCAAGAGUAGAGAAAAUUGAGGCUGACCACCGUAACAAUGUGAAGGUCCGAGUUCGGUGGUACUACCGUCCAGAGGAGUCUAUUGGUGGACGCAGACAAUUCCAUGGGGCUAAGGAGCUAUUCUUGUCCGAUCACUAUGACUUGCAGAGUGCACACACAAUCGAAGGGAAGUGCAUAGUGCACUCUUUCAGGAACUACACCAAGCUGGAGAAUGUGGGCCCUGAGGAUUACUUUUGUAGGUUCGAGUACAAAGCUGCCACAGGAGGGUUUAAUCCUGACCGUGUCGCUGUGUAUUGUAAGUGUGAGAUGCCCUAUAACCCGGAUGACCUCAUGGUACAGUGUGAAGGAUGCAAAGACUGGUUCCAUCCUUCUUGUAUGGGUAUGACCAUUGAAGAAGCAAAGAAAUUAGACCCUUUCUUGUGUUCUGACUGUUCAUCUGAAGAAGAGGUCAAACGGCCUUUGAACUCGUUUCAUGUUGAGCCAAAGUUGUUUUGAAUUCAAGUUUUUGUUGAAUGAUGGAGGGAACACUGGGAUCCUCCUGCAGAAAGAAGGGGGGAGAGGGAAAGGUGGACCAGUUGUAGAGAAAACUAGAAUUGGUUUUGUUAUUGAGAGGGAAAGACAAUAUUACCUAUUUGUUUAUGUGUUUGCAAUGUACUCUGAAGGGUAUUUUGGAAAAUCAAAAAGUGGGUACAACUACUACCUUCAUGUCGGCUUGGUUCAGUUUUUUCUUAGAUGCCAAAUCAAACCAAAUGUUGUCGGUGUUUUCAAUUUGAAAACCAAACCAAACCAAGUCAAAGAUAUCUCAGUUCGAUUUGGUUUUUGGUUUGCUUCGGUCUUUCAGUUUUUAGCUAACUCCCCUUGCAAAGAAGAUGUCGGACUGAACGAAUCAGACUAACAUCUUCUCCUAUGUUUGGUUUGG